AAAAAAAUGAGAAAAGCUGGCUUCUUAGCAUAGGCUGUUUUUACAUUUUUUAUAAAAUAAAAUCUCAAAGAGCCCUUUUAAAUGUUAUCGUAUACGUGAAUAAAUUUUAAACCAAAACAACACGGAGUGUUGCUGCACUACCUAUACUGUAAACCUAAGAACAUAAUUUUCUUAGCAACUAUAUCAAGUCGUGAAAUGACUGUCGCAGAGUUUUUUAGUUGUUCCCUGCUAGCCUUUGGGCCCCCAUUGGUAAUGUUUGCGAUGACAGUGGCCAAUGACCCAGUGCGUAUCAUUAUUAUGAUAGCAGCAGCUUUUGGGUGGCUACUGUCAUUUUUGUUGUCCUCACUGGUGUGGUUUGCUGUUGUACCCCUGAGGUCUUAUCUGGCCUUUGGAAUGGUAUUCGCUGUAAUUUUUCAAGAAGCAUUUCGGUAUGGUAUGUAUCGCUUGCUAAGGAAAACAGAAGCAGGCCUUAAAGAGAUAUCAGAGAACCACGAAAUAGGAAGCAACAAAUUGGAAAUGGCAUAUGUCUCAGGACUAGGAUUUGGGCUUAUGAGUGGUGCUUUUGCCUUAGUCAAUGUGUUAGCUGAUUCAAUUGGUCCUGGUACCCUUGGUCUUCAUGGUGGCAGUGAAUAUUUCUUUGUUACAAGUGCAGCAAUGACCUUAUGUAUGAUACUGCUGAAUACUUUCUGGAGUGUAAUAUUCUUCAAUGGAUGUGACGAGAAGAACUACUUAAAAAUAGGGUGGGUCAUCAAAUCACACCUCUUUGUGUCGGCACUCAGCUUACUGAACACCAAAGGACUAUAUGCAGCUACCAUAAUACCAUCAUAUAUCGUCCUUGUCAUUAAUGCAGUUGUAGCAUUCCAGUGUGCCGGUGGGACUUUCAAAAGUUUUGUUCAAAGUUUCAGUGUAAGGUCAUAGAAUUAUUUGUAAAUAGGUAUCUAUUGUUGGCCUCUGCAUUAGUUUUAAAAGUGACAUGACACUAACUUUGUACAAUAUGUUAAUAGAUCACAUUGGUAUAAAAUAGAUUGUAAAUAUUUGAUUUGAAAUAGGACUAUGUCAACUACUAAAAUAACAUUUGAACAAACGCUUGUAAUUCGCAUAAAUAUGACUUUUGCAAAUCCCAUAGGAUGGAGCUUAUUCUAGCUGUGAAUUCCCUUUUAUGAUUUUAAAUCUUGAAAUAUACUGUCAUACUUGCUUUUUCUUUAAUUUAUUUGAAAAUUAUAAUAUGAAUUUAUUAUUGUCCCGUUACAGUAAAUAUUGCUUAUGUAACUAGUAUUAUUCUGUGAUUGAUCAAUUUGAAG